AUGACAGACAUCAAGCAGAUAAUUGAGGAGAACGCUGUCGUCGUCUUCAGCAAGACCUUCUGCCCGUAUUGCGUGCGCGUUAAGCAAAUCCUGGCUAAGCUCAAAGCCAAAUUCAAGGCAAUUGAGCUGGACCAUGAUCCCGAGGGAGCCGCGAUGCAGCAAGCACUGGCGCAGAUGACUGGUCAACGCACCGUGCCUAGCGUGUUUAUCAAUCAGCAACACAUUGGCGGAUGUGACGACACAGACGCUUUGAAUCGGCAAGGGAAGUUGGUGCCCUUAUUGCAGGCAGCAGGUGCUGUGUGA